CUUCAUCCGCAGCCAAUGGGAAGCGCGGAUAUUGUCCCAGGAUGCCGCGCGUCCUGCGCGGCGGCAGCCAAUGAGCGCGGAGGACGCUGGAGGGACACGGCAAGGUUAAGCAAAAUGCAGGCUCCUCUGGCUCUCCUCAGCUCUCCAGCUGUGUUCCGGUGCUGUUCCAGGGCUCUGGCCAGACCAGUUUCAGUCUCUGUUUUCAGCAGGCCUGAGGUUCAGACUGUACAGCCAGCUGGUGUUUCCCAUCCACAGCUGACCCACCGUGAGUUCCAAACCAGUGCUGUUUCCAGGGAUAUUGACACUGCUGCUAAGUUCAUUGGUGCCGGUGCUGCCACGGUUGGGGUGGCUGGUUCAGGAGCGGGUAUUGGGACGGUGUUUGGCAGCUUGAUCAUUGGCUAUGCCAGGAAUCCAUCUCUCAAGCAGCAGCUCUUCUCCUAUGCCAUCCUGGGUUUCGCUCUGUCUGAGGCCAUGGGUCUCUUCUGUUUGAUGGUGGCAUUCCUUAUCCUCUUUGCUAUGUGACAACUUCUGGUCCUGGCUGCGGCUUCCAUCACUCUGUCCUCUGCGGUUUGAGUCUGCUUCCAUCAGAGCGUUCCAGACUGACAAUUAAAGAAAAGAUUUCUCUAAAUAAA